AUGAGGAGGACCCGACUCCGAGUCAUGGCCACCGCCGCCAUCUUGGCUCUAAUGCUCUUCAUCAGCUCCUUCUGGUUGCCUCAGGGCACAGGACCAGCCUGCGGUUCAGAGUCGCAUCCAUGCCACAAGCCUGAACCAGAGGAGUCCGGUCUAAACCCCGCCUUCAGGGAGUGUCCCGGCCAAUUGUUUCAGAGCUCUGUGCUGAUGCGUCACUUGGAGGCGUGUCUGAGCGAGGAGCAGGACGUUCUGAUGGAGCCGUAUCUACAGAGCUGGGACCAACUCAUCCACUUCAUGGAGUCUCUGGGGACGAUGGUCGGUUUCUUCUCGCACAAAGUCAAGGAAAAAGUGGCUCUGGUCCGACGUCUGUCAAUCAAACUGUCUGCAGCAGAGCAUCAUGGGAAACGCCACCCAAAUCCGGAGGCACAUGGACCCAAAUACGGGGUGUUCCGCUCGGUGCGCUCCAUGGUGCAGGUGGAGCUCGCUCGGGGACUGGUGGGAUUCUCCGCCAGGACUGAGUCUGGCUGCAGGACGGUGCUCAGGCUUCACCGCUCACUGCUCUGGGUCAAACUGGUUUUAGAGGGUCUGACCGAGGAGCCAGACCAAUACGGGGUCUACAAGAGCCCAGGAGAGAUCGGCAGAGAGGCGUACGCUGUGGCCCUGGCGCCCCAUCACUCCUGGUUCCUUCGUCACGCGGCGGAGCUGGUUUUUGUGGCGCUCCCGGACAGGAAGCACUUUCUGCAGCUGGUGUGUGUGAACAGCCAAUCAGAGGCCGUGCCUGCGCUGCGCACCAUCAUCCGCGCAAUGACCAGAGUGCAUGAGCGGACGCAAGAGAUCCUGGAGCGACACGGACUCCUGCUGCUGCCCUGA